AUGUUCUUUGAGAGCCCGCCGCAAGGAGUGGCUUCAUCAUGCUCCUCCUGCUCUUUCAGCUCUCGGCCUACCGCCACGCAGUGUCGAAGAUCUGCCUGGCCCAAGUCGCGCCACUGGCGGCUGGCCUCCCACGUCAGGCGAGAGGUUCAGCCUUGGCUGGUGAUCAAGAAUUUCGUGAGCGAGGCAGAGCGGUUCGAGCUGCUUGAGUCUGCGAUGGCUCAGAAGCAGCAGGGCCUUCUCCUGCCAAAUCCAGCAGGACCGAGUCGCUACUUUCGGCGCUUAGAUGCCACCGGGGGAGUUGAUUCCUUGGUUGAGGCACUGACAGCUCGACUGGAGUCAGCGCUUGACUUGGGGAGCAGGCCCAGAGACGUCACGCUUGGCCGCGUAUGCUCGUACAUUGAGCCAGGAGGCUUCAUUCAUGAACACCGGGACAGAUACGUGUCCGAAACUUCUGGUCUGGCAGGUUUGUCGCAUCUUCGCGCGAAUGUCGUGGUGCAAAUGGAGAAGUCAGGCCAGCCCAUCAUCGCUGGGAAGAGCGUCCCAGUGGAAGAGGGUGAUGCUUGGGUAUUCUUGGCAUCCAAAGAGCUGCACGCCACGGCUCUCAUCGAAGGCCUUAAGCCUCGGAUUGUCUUUGGCUUCGGAUGGCUUGACAAGGACAGCUGGGAGAACAUUCCGCCUAUGGUCUUCAAGUCCUUUCAAGCAACAAAUGCCAACAUGAAUGCCGUCAAAAAGUGGGCCGAGUAUUACGAGGGGCGCACCAAGAGCCAAACCGAUUCCAUGACCAAGAUCGAGGAGAAGGUGUUGGCACUCGAGGGAAGCAUCGGGGUCUUGCGGGAGCAAAUGGUGAGUGGGGAGGAUCACCGGUCAGAUGUGGCGGAAGAGUUGAGGCAGCAUGCGGACAAUUGCGCCAGCACUUUCCAGCGAAUGGCAUGGUGCAUGGGCAUUGUCUUUAGCCAGAUCGGCCAGACUUUCGGUUUGCAGCGGGAGACAGAGGAGGAAGUAGAAGGCUCUGGGGAUCGCCAGCCGGCUCCAUUGGGAGUUCUGAUGGCCCCAGAAGGCUUGGAAAGAGAUGUGGAGAUGAUUCAAUCGGCUUUCGAGCGCUGGCGCGAGCUGCAAGCAGCAGAUCAACUCCGCCAUGCCUCGGUACAGUCCUGCAUGCAGGACUUGAGCCGAUCAGUCGAUGAAUCCCAUGAGAAGAUUGCUGCCUGCAACGAGAUUGUGCAGGACAGUGUGAAUGCCAACGAGUCUCUGAAGAACGAGCUGGAAAAGACCGGCGCUGCUGUGCUAGAACUGCAAUCAUUGCAAGUGAAGCACGACGACGUCGAAUCAGCCGUCCAGCGGAAGGGGGAGGAACUGGAGACCCUUCACAGGAUGACAGAGCAGAGUGUGGAAAGGUUGGGCCGCGGUGUCGAGGAUCAUUUGGCAGAAGUGCAGCGCCUGGUGGCGGACAUCAGCCGUCAAACCGAUGAGAGGAUCGCAGAUCACAGUAAUCAGGUCUCAAGGAUGGUGGAGGGACACAUGAAUCCCCUCAAUGCCUACCUCAACACGAUGCACGUGAAAACAGACGCCAUGCGGGUUGACGUUGACAAGCUCAAGGAUAAGGCGCCGGAGUUGAAGUCGAGGAUCGAGGCAGUGGUGACGCAGCUCCAGGACUUAGAAGAGGCUCACAGAGGCACUGUCUCCCAGCUGCAUGCGGCUGUAGAUGCAGUGAAUGCGAACAUGGAAGCACAUUCUGACAGACAUAUUGGACACCACAAUGAGCUGAGCGGGUCCGUGAAGGACAUGUUCAGUGCUUUGACCGGACGUCUUGCAGAGCUGCAAGCCUUCGCAGACACCACGGCAGAGUCCUUGGAGCUGGUGAAGCGAGAAGACCUGAGCGGUCUUGCCAGGGAGCUGCUGUCGCUGGACCAGAAGGUGGCCAAAUGGGUGCACUCGAACCCAUUGCCUGCAAAGAUCAGUGAGGCCCGGCUGUACUCGUUGGAAGCAAGACUUUCGGACGAAAUGGAUGCUCGGAUUGCCUUGGAGUGCAAGGUGCGGAAGACUAUCACUCCUCGAAUGCGGGACGACACUGCGGAUCUGGUGCUGCCACAGUUGUCGCAGGAGCUGUCACAAGGCUUCGCGCGGGGAAGAAAGCCUAGCGGUGAUCGCCGAUAGGGAUGCACGCAAGAGUUGAACUGAGACAUCCAGCCAGCUUGCUUGCCAAAAGUUUCUACCGUGUACAAAGUUUCGUCGCAGUUUCUACCAAAGUUCGUUUGCUCUGGCAAAACCCAGAGACACGAGUGCCUUUCUCAAGCCGCGCGCAAGCAGCGCUAGCGGUGAAAGAAGAGAAUCGGCACGUAGAGCUCGAAGG